AUGGCCACGUCCAUGAUUGUAGAUGCUUCACCCCUGUGUUCCAAUGAUCAGAGCCUGGAAGCAGUCAAAAAUAAACAUGCAAAAACAGUCCAAGCAAAACUGAAAUCCAGUCUGAAGAGAAAGUUUGAGUACAUAUUUGAAGGGGUUGCAAAGUCAGGAAAACACACCCUCCUCAACAAUAUUUACACAGAGCUCUACAUUACAGAGGGGGACAGUGAGGGGGUCAAUAGUGAACAUGAGGUGUGGCAGAUUGAAACAGCGUCCAGGACACAGACCACACAAGACACUGCAAUACACUGCAAUGACAUCUUUAAACCCUUACCUGGACAAAAGAAUCCCAUCAGAACUGUGCUGACAAAGGGGAUCGCUGGCAUUGGAAAAACAGUCUCCGUGCAGAAGUUCAUUCUGGACUGGGCAGAAGGAAAAGCCAAUCAGGAUGUUCGUUUCAUGUUUGUUCUUCCUUUUCGGGAGCUGAACUUGAUUAAUGAUGAACAAUACAGUCUGCUUGGGCUUCUGCAUGUCUUCCACCCUGAAACGAGAGGGAUUGAAAACAUUGAGUCUGAUGUUGACAAAGUUUUGUUCAUCUUUGAUGGUCUGGAUGAAAGCAGAUUUCCACUGAGUUUCCAACGCAACAAGAUAUUGACUGAUGUAACAAAGACAUCCUCAGUGGACGUGCUGCUGACAAACCUCAUUAAGGGGAAUCUGCUUCCCUCUGCUCUCCUCUGGAUCACCUCCCGGCCAGCAGCAGCCAAUCAGAUCUCUCCUGAGUACAUCCAUCGACUGACAGAAAUACGAGGGUUCAAAGACUCACAGAAGGAGAAGUACUUUAGAAACAGAUUCGGUGAUCAGAACCUGGCUAGCAGAAUUAUCUCUCACAUAAAAUCAUCCAGGAGUCUCUAUAUCAUGUGUCAUAUACCAGUCUUCUGUUGGAUUUCUGCAACUGUUCUGGAGCGACCGAUAGAAGAAAUCCCUAAAACUCUGACUGGAAUGUACACACACUUCCUGCUCAUUCAGACCACUUUCAAGAAUAAGAAGUAUCAGGAGAGAGAUGAGACAGAUCCGCAAAGACUUUUAGAAGUGGAAAAAAAAAACAUUCUGAAACUAGGACAGUUGGCUUUUGAACAUCUGGAAAAUGGUAACAACAUGUUCUAUGAAGAGGACCUGAGAAAGUGUGGCAUUGAUGUCGCUGAAGCGUCAGUGUACUCUGGGGUGUGCACAGAAAUCUUUAAAGAGGAGUCUGUGCUGUAUCAGAAGAAAGUGUACUGCUUUGUGCAUUUGAGCAUCCAGGAGUAUCUGGCUGCUUUGUAUGUCUCUCUCUCACAUGCAAGCAAGGACUUAAAGGGAUUGAAGGGCAUUGUUGGUCGAAUUUCUAAAGCCACUGAAUUGUCACUGUAUGAUUUGCACAAGAGAGCUGUUCGGAAGGCCUUGAAUAGCAGUAAUGGACACCUGGACCUUUUCCUGCGAUUCCUUCUCGGCCUCUCGCUAGAUUCCAAUAAGAAACUUCUCAAAGGCCUUCUGACACAGACAGGAAGUAACUCAGAGAGCAUCAAGAAAACAGUCGAGUACAUCAUCGGGUUGAAGAGACGUGAUCCCUCCCCAGAGAGGUGCAUCAAUCUGUUCCACUGUCUGACUGAACUGAAUAAUGAUUCACUAGAGAAGAAAGUCCAAAAGUACCUGAGCUCAGAUGGUUCCUCUAUGAAGAAAAUCUCACCUGCACACUGCUCUGCCCUGGCCUAUAUGAUCCUGAUGUCAAAGGAGGUGCUGGAUGAGUUUGACCUGAGGAAAUACAGGACCUCAGACGAGGGGCGCAGGAGACUGGUGCCAAUUGUGAAGUACUGCAAAAAGGCUUUGCUCGCUAACUGCAACCUCACAAAGAAGUCCUUUGAAAUUGUGGCCUCAGCUCUGCAGUCAGUCACCUCGCCCCUGAGAGAGCUAGACCUCAGCUUCAACCAGCUGGAAGAUUCAGGAGUGAAGCUGCUUGUUGCUGCACUGAAGAGUCCCUGCUGUAAACUACAGACUUUGAAGCUGUCAGGCUGUCUAGUCACAAAGAGAGGCUGUGCUUCUCUGGCUUCAGCUCUGCGUUCAAACCCCUCACACCUGAAAGAGCUGGAUCUGAGCUACAACCACCCAGGAGACUCAGGAGUGAAAGUGCUCUCUGUUGGAGUGAAGGACCCCAGCUUUAAACUGAAGACACUGCUUGUGGACCAUAGAGGAGAGAUUAGGCUCAAACCAGGACUGAGGAAAUAUGCCUGCCAGCUCAAUCUGGAACCCAACACUGUGAGCAGAAAGCUGUCUCUGUCUGAGGAGGGCAGGAGGGUGACACACACACCAGAGAGAGAGCAGCCAUAUCCUGAUCACCCAGAGAGAUUUGACUCCAUAGAGCAGGUGCUGUGCAGAGAGGGUCUGUCUGAGACUCGCUGUUACUGGGAGGCUGAGUGGAGCGGGGGAGGGGCAGUGAUUGGAGUGGCGUAUAAAGGAAUCAGCAGGAAAGGAAAAGGUGCCGAUUGUCAGCUUGGACACAAUGACAAGUCCUGGAGUCUGAGAUGCUUUAACCGCAGAUACUCUGCUUGCCACAAUCGGAACAGCACUGCCUUACCCGCCCCCUCCUCCCACUCCUGCAGAGUAGGAGUGUAUCUGGACUGGCCGGCCGGCACUCUGUCCUUCUACAGCGUCUCCUCUGACACUCUGACCCACCUGCACACUUUCCACACCACAUUCACUCAACCCCUCUAUCCUGGGUUUCGGAUGGAUGGGAACUCCUCAGUGUCCCUGUGCAUGCUGAGAUAG